AAUGAUGAUGGGGACAUGGAACUAGAUUUUGAUUCUGAUCCCGAGGAUAUUUGUAUUAAUGGUGACAAAGCACUUGGCAGAAAGAAACGAAAUCAGCAUGUUGCUAACCUAUAUCAGCACUCUCUCCGUGCAUAUGCAUCAAUCCUGUAUAGGCAGCUACCACAGUACUUCAGAAUAAUUUUGUGUGGACGAGAUGUUGAGCACCAUAAUAUUGCCAGUGAUCUCAAAUAUCUUCAGUUUAUCAAGUAUAUGCCGCAAAUUCAUGGAAAUAAGGAGGUUGAAAUUAUUACCGCAAUAGGGUUUCUGAAGGAAGCUCAUACUCAUGGUUUCAAUAUCUACCAUCGGAAUCGUCUGAUACUGCCAUUUUGGCGUGUACUUAGAAUUGGGACAAACAGUACUGGAAGAGGAGUUGUCGGUGUCCUGGAACCAGAUUAUAUUCAGCCUACUCACAAUAAGCAAGAUUUUGAGAAAACUUCCCUCUUCCAAAAGCUUGAAGAUCGUUUAAAGCAAAUGACAGUAGAGUACUGGUGAGCCACCUUUUACAUUGUUGGGUGUA